AGCAGAGGAAGACGAGGAGACGCCGGUCCUCCCUUCGUCUAUUUUUACCUCCACUGCACCCCGUCCUUAUGCCUUCAUCCAAACCCUUAGUCCAUCUUCUUCUUUUUAAUUAGCACUCCUCUUCCUCUCCAUCUCCCCUCUGAGUCAUCUCCCCUCCCCCCCUUCAUCAUACAUCUCACCCCCUCCUGCUCCCCUCCUGUUUUCCUCCCUCUCCCUCUCCCGUCGCUCUGCUUCUCCAGUAUUUUCUGGCUGGCCGCAGAAGGCAGGACACACACACUCACACACACGGGAGGCAGGAUGUCGAUCGUCAGCAUCGUUGCCAGGGAGAUCUUGGACUCCCGGGGAAACCCUACUGUGGAAGUGGACCUUCACACAGAAAAAGGCCUGUUUAGAGCUGCGGUGCCCAGUGGAGCAUCCACAGGGAUCUACGAGGCUCUGGAGCUGCGGGAUGGAGACAAGAGCCGCUACAAGGGCAAAGGUGUUCUGAAAGCAGUCGGACACAUCAAUGACACGCUUGCACCAGCUCUUAUAUCCUCUGGUAUCAGUGUGGUGGAGCAGGAGCAGUUGGACAACAUGAUGAUUGAUAUGGAUGGCACAGAAAACAAAUCUACGUUCGGAGCCAACGCCAUACUGGGAGUAUCUCUCGCCAUCUGUAAAGCCGGCGCAGCGGAGAAAGAUGUCCCCCUGUACCGCCACAUCGCCGACCUGGCCGGAAACACAGAACUCGUGCUGCCGGUUCCUGCCUUUAAUGUGAUAAAUGGAGGCUCUCAUGCAGGGAAUAAACUCGCCAUGCAGGAGUUCAUGGUUCUGCCUGUCGGUGCAGAGUCUUUCAAGGAGGCAUUGAGGAUAGGGUCCGAGCUGUACCACACACUGAAGGGGGUGAUUCAGGAGAAAUACGGCCAGGACGCCACCAACGUGGGAGACGAGGGAGGAUUUGCCCCCAACAUCCUGGAGAACAGCGAAGCUCUGGACCUGCUGCAGACGGCCAUAGAGAAGGCCGGCUUCACGGACAAGGUGGUGGUCGGGAUGGACGUGGCCGCCUCUGAGUUUUACCGGGAGGACAAAUACGACCUGGACUUCAAAUCCCCCCCAGAUUCAUCGAGGCACAUCUCUGCAGACGAGCUGGCUGACCUCUACCAAAGCUUUGUGAACAACUACCCAGUUGUGUCCAUCGAGGACCCGUUUGACCAGGACGACUGGGAGGCCUGGACGAACCUGACGGCCCAGGUGGGGAUCCAGGUCGUUGGAGACGACCUGACGGUGACCAACCCAAAGAGGAUAGAGAAAGCAGCCGAGGAGCGAGCCUGCAACUGCCUGCUGCUCAAAGUCAACCAGAUCGGCACGGUCACCGAGGCCAUUCAGGCGUGUAAACUGGCUCAGGCGAACGGCUGGGGCGUGAUGGUCAGCCAUCGCUCGGGGGAGACGGAGGACACCUUCAUUGCUGACCUGGUGGUGGGACUGUGCACUGGACAGAUCAAGACCGGCGCCCCCUGCAGAUCUGAGCGACUGGCCAAGUACAACCAGCUCAUGAGGAUCGAGGAAGAGUUGGGUGACCAGGCUCGCUUUGCAGGCCACAACUUCAGGAACCCCAGCGCUCUGUGAAACUGACCAACGAAUGAUUCACACACUCAUGCACGCGCACACCCACACACACACACACACACACUGACAUCAAUGACAAAUAAGGAAUGAGCCAUGUACAAAGAAACGCCACACAAAUUCAGGAAAACUCACAAACUCGCUGCAGAGCCAAGCUGAAUAAACAAUUUAUGCACUGGACUUGAAGGAGGGAGGUGAUACUGUAUGCACGUCCACACACACACACACACACACGCACGUGAAGACAAUAACGCACACGCAGGAGAAAACCCCGAUAAAUAAAAGCCAGACAUGCACUGUUACUGUAGGAAUAGUUCACGUACAGCCAGAGGACAAAUCUGCAAAAAUACAGAUUCAUCAGAUCAUGAGUAGAGAAAUUAGAAUCAUUUAGACCGAAGAAAAGGGAAGCAUCAAGCAUUAAAGACCAAAACGAGGAUUAUGCAGUUUUACUGGCAUUAAAGCGACACUCUGUAACACCUGUACACACACUCAGCCGUGCACUCACCUGGACACUGGAGUACCUGCACUCCUCACACCUCCUUUCUCUUUGAUUCUCCUUCUUGUCCCGUCUGUGACCGUGUUCCUUUUUCUUCUCACGCCGGUGUGAUCCUGUCAUUCAUGCUUGAAGUCUUCUCCCCGUCUUAAAGAAAGAGUAAAAUAAAAUAAACCCCCUUUGAUUUCCCCUGAAUGCCCAUAGAAUAGCUGCUGUUGAAACAGAAGAAAGAGCAAUGAAAUAAUAAAACACCAUCAGAACGCUUGUCACUGAAAACUGUGUGAAAAUAUGUGAAAUAAUAAAGUUAAUUUACAAUUUCA